AUGAUCUGUCCGCACUGUCAUCAGCAGAUCGUAACAAAAACUGAACCUAAAGCUGGUCUACUUACUUGGCUGCUGUGUCUCCUUAUGGUACUGCUCGGGUGUUGGUUAUGCUGCUGUAUUCCGUUCUGUAGUGAUAAGUGCAAAGUAAGUGUUUAA